AUGCAUUCCAUAGACGCAGCGGAAUCGGAUUGCUCAGCGACCUUUUCGCUUUUCCCUAAACUUCCCGCCGAAUUGCGCCUUCGCAUCUGGAAACACAGCCUCCCAGGCACUCGCAUUGUGCCGGUUCACUGCGGCGCAGACGAGCUGGUGGUCGACUCGUCUGUCGGCCUCGUCGCCGCCAUAGGCUGCACAACAACGAUACCGAACCCCACCAACCUGAACAUCUGUACCGAGUCCCGUGCCGAGGCUAUCAAGAGCUAUCGUCGCUGCUUCGGCUUUGUCGGCCAACCUGGUCACAUUUACUUUGAUCCCAGUCGCGAUGUGCUCUACUUUGGCCCCCGACAGGGCUGCAUGGCCGCCCACGCACAGUUUCGCACCUGCAUGGCUCUGUGCGACUCGUCUGAGCUGGCCGCCGUGCGCCGCAUAGCCAUCAGCGAUGCCUUAUUUUGGAUCGGCGAUGCGUACCGCUCCACGGCGGCUGCGAGCCUGACGAUCGACGUGCUGCGCAUUGUCAGCCAAUGUCUGCCAAACCUCCAGGAGCUUGUCUUUGUGCCACGCGAGGAAGACGAAGCACGACGCGACGAUCUCGACCAUAUAUUGCCGCGCAUGCAUGGCCAGGUCAACGCUGCAAUUGAUGCCUUGACCCAACUGCACGCAGUGGCCUGGAAGGUGCCCGUGUGGCGUGUCACAACCUUGCGGGCUCUCCACGAUACUGCUGGAUGA